AUGUCUAAAACCUACUGCUACACCCGUCUGACCACCCAUUCGAACGGUGGGGUGCCACCAAAGAGUCCACCCGAGGAACCGCCCAUCUAUUCGCCAGUUUAUUCGUCUGUGUUCCACACCCCUCUCCGCAACUCUUCCUCGACUAUCAACACUGCCGGAUCGGCUUCUGAUCGUUUUUCGAAAAUUCCGACCUCAUUGUCAUCGGCGCUACAGUAUGGAGGAAACAGCCAUCACCAUGGUGGUCAUGGUGAUGAGAGGUAA